AUGGAGUGUAACGUGACUACAAAUCCUAACGUCUCCAGAAACUACAGAGAUGAGGAAAGAACCUGUUAUAUAGCACAACUUCAACUCUACUCCACCUACACCAUGAUACCCGCAAUCAUUUAUCUAGUGGCCCUCUGUGUGGCUGGCGUCAUCGGGAAUUCCAUUGUCCUCUUUGUUUACUCACAGAGGUUCAGGAGUACAGCCUCUGGUACCUUCAUCAUGGCGAUAGCUGUCUUUGACUUGUUGGCUAACAUAAUUCUCAUUCCAGGAGACAUUCACAGUAUCUUUCAUUACUGGAAUUUUGACAUGGUUUACCCAUGCAAGCUACGUCGUUAUGGACAUGCAGUUACCCACGGGGCAUCGUCCUUAUUCCUCGUGGCCUUGGCAGUGACCAGGUAUCGAAAAAUUUGCAAACCAUUUUGCAAUCAAGUGACUGUAAAGCAAGCGAGAAUAAUUUGCAUUGGGCUCACUUUACUAGCUAUGGCAAUGCCCAUCUUAUACUUUAUAAUCCUAGGCAUACAGAAGAAAAAAAUACCAAAUCAAGACUUUUUUGGCUACGUCUGCAACGUUGACGAUAAAUUUAACGGAACAGCCUUGCAUAAAAUAAACACAAUUCUAAUGGAAUGCAACGUGUCAACAAAUCCCAACGUGUCCAAAAACUACACAGAAGAAGAAAGAACGUGUUACCUAGCUCAUCUCCAACUCUACUCUACCUACACCAUGAUACCGGCCAUAAUUUUUCUGGGUGUUCUCUAUAUCGUCGGAAUCAUCGGGAAUUCCAUCGUCCUCUUUGUUUACUCACAGAGGUUCAGGAGUACAGCCUCUGGUACCUUCAUCAUGGCGAUAGCUGUCUUUGACUUGAUGGCUAACCUGGUGCUCAUACCAGGAGACAUUCACAGUAUGUUUCAUCAUUGGGAUUUUGACAUGGUUUACCCAUGCAAGCUACGCCUUUAUGGACAUGCAGUGACCUACGCGGCAUCGUCCUUAUUCCUCGUGGCCUUAGCAGUGACCAGAUCCUAUUUGAUCAACACGGCUGUCAACCCCAUUGUGUAUAGUUUUUGUGAUGUCAAGUUUAGAAUGGAAUGUCUGCGUCAUUUUAAAAGAAUAAAUUGUCAUUAA